AGUGGUCGGCCACCAGUUCCUGUAUAUAAGCGACGUUGCAUCUUCCACCCUCCACAUUACAUGGCUAUACUCUAACCAACAAUGAAUAGCAUUAAAGCCGUUAUUGUGUGUUGCCUCGUGGUGGCCGUUUCGGCCGGUGUAGACCGAAGGAGAGGUGGACAAGGAUCCAACAGAUUCCUUACUGGAAGCUUCGGUGGCGUCCACGGAGGUGGCCUUUUCGGCGGCGGUAUUCAUGGUGGUGGAAUUCAUGAUGGCGGUAUCAUUGGUGGAAUCCACGGUGGUAGUGGUAUUAUCGGCGGUGGAAUCUCUAAUGGCCCAAGCCAGUGCAGAUAUUGGUGCAAGACUCCGGAGGGUCAAGCCUACUGCUGCGAGACGGUGCAUGAACCAGAGACCCCUGUUGGUACCAAGCCACUGGAUUGCCCACAAGUCCGUCCCACAUGUCCACGUUUCCAUGGACCCCCCACAACUUGUUCCAACGACUACAAGUGUGCUGGCCUCGAUAAGUGUUGCUUCGACAGGUGUUUGGGAGAACAUGUGUGCAAACCUCCCUCAUUUUUCAAUAACCAUCUCCCCUUUUAAAGGUGGUUAUCGCUAAUAUGGAGUCAUCGGUUUUCCGGCUGAUAUCAGGAAGAUAUGAAAUCUGUGAUUUAUAGAUAUUUAUAUUUUAAUAAUAAAUCUUUAUAUAUUGAUAU